UUAUUUUUAAUGUGUAUGUGUGCGCUUGAGUGUAUAUAUGUGUGUGCAUCAUGUAAAUGCUGUGUAUGAGGGGGGUCAGAAGGCAGCAUUGAAUUUCUCUGGAACCGGACUUCCAGAUGAGUCUGAGCUGCCCUCUGGCUGUUGAGAACAUAACCCGAGUCCUCUGUGGGCUGUCCAGGCUCUUAACUGCUGAGCCAUCUCUCCAGCCUCCACCUGUAUAUACAGUUACAGAAUAGUGCUUAAUAAUAUCAUCUUUGGCUUCAGAGAGCCUGGAUUCUAACAUUGCCACUUAUUGACUUAGACUGUUAGCCUUAGUUAGCAUACCUGGAAACUGAGACUAUUUUAUACAGGUCAUAGUUUUAUAAGAACCUGACAAGAUGAAUAUAUGGACACCUGUUACAUAGAAAAGUAGUUCACUGAGUAGUGUUGUCUUUACGCUUACUGUUUUCAGAAGCCCAAGGGAGCCGUAGUUGCCUGAGGGCACACUUGUAGGGAAAGUGAUGAUGAUGGCUAUUUGGGCCCUAGAAUCAACUGGGGCACAUUCCUUUCCUCAGACCUCCAGUUUUACUUGCCUUGCCUCCCAGUUCCGGGGCUGCAACCUUGAGGGGACCUUUUCCCUCCUCAGCCUCAAUUUAAGUGGGACGUGGCGAAAGCAGAGGGGGAACAUUUUGUAGGCGGAACUUGAAUGCAGCAGUGGGAGGCUUCCGGGGGAACAGCACCAGUGACGGGUCGGCGGAGACAGAAAAGUGCCGGACGCCGGUCCGAUCAUGGAAGCUUGACAACCUGCAGGCAGGCUCUGGGAGGCCGAGACAUCGGCGAAGAGAACAGAGUCGGCGGGGACAGAUCUCAAGACCAGAGAAUGGCAGGUGAACAGAAACCCUCAAGUAACCUCUUGGAGCAGUUUAUUUUAUUAGCCAAAGGCACCAGCGGCUCAGCCCUCACCACUCUCAUAAGCCAGGUACUGGAGGCUCCUGGAGUUUAUGUUUUUGGAGAACUACUGGAGUUGGCCAAUGUUCAGGAGCUUGCAGAAGGAGCUAAUGCUGCAUAUUUGCAGUUGCUGAACCUGUUUGCCUAUGGUACAUACCCGGAUUACAUAGCCAACAAGGAGAGCCUGCCAGAACUGAGCGCAGCCCAGCAGAACAAGCUGAAGCAUCUUACCAUCGUGAGUUUGGCAUCAAGAAUGAAGUGUAUCCCCUACUCUGUGCUGCUGAAGGACCUGGAGAUGAGGAAUCUCCGGGAACUAGAAGACCUUAUCAUUGAGGCUGUCUACACUGACAUCAUCCAGGGCAAGCUGGACCAGCGAAACCAGCUCCUGGAAGUGGAUUUCUGCAUUGGCCGUGACAUCCAGAAGAAAGAUAUCAAUAAUAUUGUCAAGACCUUGCAUGAAUGGUGUGACGGCUGUGAGGCAGUUCUCCUGGGCAUUGAGCAGCAAGUUCUGAGAGCCAACCAGUACAAAGAGAACCACCACCGGACUCAGCAGCAGGUGGAAGCCGAGGUUAGCAACAUUAAGAAGACACUCAAAGCAACAGCGUCCUCCUCAGCUCAGGAAAUGGAGCAGCAACUGGCUGAACGGGAGUGUCCCCCCCAUACUGAGCAGAGGCAACCCACUAAGAAGAUGUCCAAAGUGAAAGGUCUGGUCUCCAGCCGCCACUAGGGCCGGCUGGGGCAGCUGGCACUCAGCAGGCCUGGGUCAGGUGGGAGGGGACACCCAGGGCCUAUUUCCUCCCCUCUCUAACUGCAGUGAGUUCCAGAUCUGCCCGCCCCUCACCAGUACCUCCCCAUCCAUUGGUACCAUUUCGGAAAAUGAUUGCUCCUCCCUUGCCUCCUUUCCUAGUUGUUCCCUUCAGACUCAGGGGCUCAACGGAUGCCAUCCUAACAGGGUCCAACACUGCCUGGCUUCCCUGCAGGGUCCUUGUCUCUGUGAUGGGCUACCUCCCUCCCAGUUGUUCUUUUGCCCCUGUCAUUUUGUCAGGCUGGUCCUAAGCUGGAGGCAGUUUCCCCAGCCCUGAGGGAUGACUGUGGAGGUGGCUCCUCUCUGAGUGAAGAGGGGGCCUUGCUUCUCCAGCCUCGUGUACCACAGUACCCACAAUGGUGCAAGUGUCUCUAGCCAGGUAGCCACAUUGUUUCCCUCUCCUGCCUUACCCCUGUUGGCAGUGCCAGUGCAGGCCAUGGAGGGAUGUGGUGCUGGGCUAUGUUUACUAAACCUUUGGGUUUUCAGCCUCUUAAGCCCAGCCAGGAUCUCUCAUCGAGUUGAGGCACUAGGCUGACUAACCUCUGGUGUCUGAUACCAGUGGGGGGUGCUUGGGUCUGUGGGCGGCAGAAGGCGUUUCUCCUAGCUUGGUGUCCUCUGCUGACUGCUCUUCCUGCUGCCUCUGACUGCUCAGCCUUGAUUUGGCAUUUAGGCUGCCCACUGCCCACUGGGAUUGUCUGGCAACAUUUGCUCUCCCAAGAUCUUUCAUGCCUCCUGGCUGCCCCUGGGGUAGGAGUGGUGGUGCCGAAGCCCCUCAGACUGGUGAAGGACCAUUGCUGCUUCUUUCUCCUUCCUUCCCACCCCUCCUUGGCUGGCAACCCAGAACCCUCUGAUAACAUCAUACUCCACUCCUGGCCAGAGAAAAGGACUUGACUAGACUUUCUGAACUUGAACAGUUUCAGGUUAUAUUUUAAUUUUUUUUUGUACAGGUUGAUUCUAAUACAUUUCAACAUGCUUUUU